AUGUUUUCAAAGCUUAGAUACCUGUUGAUUAAUAGAAAGUUAGACACCUCUAAAAUGAAUGAUAAUUUAGUAGCAGAGACAAAAGGAUAUCAUGCAAUUUUAAAUUUGACAUAUGAAGAUUUAAUUGGAACGUUAUGUUUGGAGUCGGCAAAUAUCAAAGAAAGUGAAUUAGCAGCUAACAUAUAUCAAUGUCAUCAAUCAGAUCGGUUUAUUGCUGCUCUACUUGACCCAAGAACUUCAUUUGAAUACAAAAAAAAUGCAAUUUUCCAAAUUGUGGAACCUAAAAAUGUGGAAUAUAUUAGAUUUGCUGUUAAGUUAAAAUUGAAAAGUCAUCCCACAAAAGCAUUAAAUAAGGAAGAUAUCAAGAAUAUCAAAGCCUUUCUUGAUUGGUAUGGAGCAGGAAAUUACUUGUACAUAUUUAUGAGACCAGACUUGAGUAUAGCAAAUGUUUUAACUUAUUUGAAUCAAGUUGGUUCUUUAAAGCCUGAUAAAUAUAUUGAUGAUAAUGUUUGCAAACUCAACAGUGAAAGACUUCCAAGGAUUUUGAUUAUGGCUAGAAGUCCCGAACUCUUAAAAUGUUUUCAUAAACUUUUAAAUUUUUACUCAAACUCAUUAGACUCAAGUUAUUGUUCACGACAUAAAUUGCUUGGUGAAGUUAUACAGAAACAAAGCUCAAAUUAUGUUAGCAUUGAAGGAACAAUACCUCAUCGAAAUUGUGUUUAUUUCUUCUUACCACAGAAGGGAAAUCGUGAAGCAUGUAUCAAUGAUGAGCUUUUAAAGAGCUACUCAUAUGCAUUCGAAAGUGUGAACUUUGAAAACCCUUCAUCAUAUGAUGGUCUGACAUAUUCGAUAUAUGAUAUGGAAUGUGUAAAUGAUCAGGUAAACAUCAGAAGCAGUGAUGACUUGUAUGAAAAGGAACCUUUGCCAAAAUAUUCAGACAUUGAAUGA